CUUUGGAGUUGUGUCAGUGUCUCCAGCUGCCAUCAGAGUGCUGACUGACAGCUUCUGUAACGCUGCCAGCUGCUUCUGACAGGAAGAACUACAGCUCAGACAGGCCCUCUGCUCUGACGUCAGACUGACAUUUCUAGGUUGGGAUUUAAAGGUGUGAGGAAGUGAUGAACACAGACAGCAGCAGCGUCUGUCAGAGUCUGCAGACGGAGGAGGAGGAGGUCUCUCUGACCUCAUCUGGACGGGACUUUAACAGUGAGAGCAUCUGGGUGAAGAAAUGCAGAAUGAGAAACUGCUUCAGCUGAAGAUCCAGAAACAUCACAGCUGUGAGAGCAGCUGGAGGAAGUAAUGCAGAAUGGGAAAAAGGUUCAGCCGGGCUAAAGAUCCAAAAUCAGCUGAAACUCCAAGGGGAGCAGGAAGACCAGCAGUCACCGCCCAGGAUGGAGGUGUUGUCAACAUACCUCAGAUUAGCGGUGUUAACGUGGGAGGGAAUCUAACAAUCCAAGUCACGCAGGCCUCGUCUCCUGACAGGACAGACGAGACGAAAGCUGCUUCUCCCAAAAACACAGCAAACAUUCAAAGUUGCCGAGAUAACUUAAAAUCUUUCCUUGAAAAUACAACUAAGGAUCUGUCACAAGGAACAAAGGAAGAUGGAUCAUCGACUCCUUUAGACAAGAUCUAUACGGAGCUUUACAUCAGACGAGGAGGCAGUGGGGAGGUUAAUAGUGAACAUGAAGUGGUUAACUUGGAAUGCAAAAGGAGUUCGAGUGAGGAUGAGAAAAUCCAGGUCAAUGACAUUCUUCAACCUUUACCAAACGAAGAAAACCCUCCUCAGAGAGUUCUGACGAAGGGAAUCGCUGGCAUUGGAAAAUCUGUCGCUGUGCAGAAGUUCACUCAUGACUGGGCAACAGGAAAAGCCAACAAAACUAUUGAUUUCAUAUUUCCAUUCACAUUCAGAGACUUAAACUUGAUAAAAGAUAAGGAUUGGAGUCUUGUGACAUUAAUUGGUCACUAUUUUGAAGAAGUAAAGGAUUUGGAAACGUCAGACUACAGCGAAUCAAGUGUUUUGUUCAUCUUUGACGGCCUGGACGAAAGACAAUUACCUCUGGACUUCAACAACAAUGAGACGUGCCGCGAUGUUACAAAGACCACAACAUUAGACGUCCUGUUGACCAACUUAAUCUCAGGGAAACUGCUGCACAAAGCCUCAGUCUGGAUCACAAGUAGACCAGCUGCAGCAGCUAAGAUUCCUCUCGAGUUCUUUCAUAGGGUGACCGAGGUACGAGGCUUUAAUGAUAAGCAGAAGGAGGAGUACUUUCAGAAGAAAGUUAGUGACAAGGAAAUGGCUCAGAAGAUCUCUGAUCAUCUUCAGUCAAAGAUGCAAAGAAGUCUGUACAUCAUGUGCCACAUCCCAGUCUUCUGUUGGAUUUCAGCCACGGCUCUCCAGAGUCUCCUAACAGAAACAGAAGAAAAAGAGUUGCCCAAGACUGUGACUGAAAUGUACACACACUUCCUGAUCAUCCAAACAAAGCUGAAGAAAUAUCAGGAAGGUGAAACAGACAAAGAUUUGAUCAUGAAAUUGGGAAAGCUGGCAUUUGAACAGCUUAAGAACGAGAAAAUACUCUUCUAUGAAAAUGAGUUUAAAACUUGUGGAAUUGAUCUGAAACAAGCUGCAGUUAAUUCAGGAGUUUGUACACAGAUCAUAAGAAAAGAAUCUGGACUUCACAAACAAGAGAUUUACUCCUUCAUUCAUUUAAGUGUUCAGGAGUUUCUGGCAGCUCUGUAUGUGUUAGAGACUUUCUUAGAUAGUGGAAAAAAUCUGCUUUCCAGCCAGACAAGUGUGGAAGUGCCAUCAGAGAAAGGAGAACAUCCCAUCUUCCUCCUCCACCAGAACGCAGUGGAUGAGGCUUUGGUCAGCAAUAAAGGACAAUGGGACUUGUUCCUGCGCUUCCUGCUCGGUCUGUCACAAGAUAAAAAUCAGGAACUUCUUCAGAAACGAGUUGGAUUCAAAGGAAGAUGUCCACAGAGCAACCAGGAGACAAUAGAGUUCAUUCAUGAGAAGAUCAAGAAACUGUCCAACAGCGAGAAGAGCAUCAACCUGUUCCACUGUUUAAAUGAGUUGGGUGACCAGUCUCUGGUAAAGCAAGUCCAAAAGUACCAGAGCUCAGGAGAUUUUGGUAAACUCUUACCUGAACAUUGGUCAGCUCUGGCCUUUCAGCUGCUCGUUUCCGAUGAAGACCUGGAUGUCUUUGACCUGCGGAAAUACGAAGGAUCAGAUGAAGUUCUGGAGAGGCUGCUGCCAGUGCUCAAAGCAUCAAAGAAAGCUUUGUUAAGUAACUGUAACCUCACCGACAGAUGUUGUGAGAACAUUUCAUCAGUUCUCAGCUCAAAGUCUUCUGGUCUGGAGGAGUUAGACCUGAGUGGAAACGAUCUGUAUGACUCUGGAGUGAAGCUGCUCUCUGACGGUCUAAAAAGUCCCAACUGUAAACUCCAGAGACUCCGUCUGAACUUCUGCAGGUUAUCAGCAGCCAGCUGCCGGGCUUUGACCUCUGCCCUCAGCGACUCCUCUGAUCUCAGAGAACUCGACCUGAGCAACAACCACAACCUGAAGGACCAGGGGGUGAAGCUGCUCUCUGAUUGGCUGAGGAAACCCCAGUGUAGACUGGAGAUUCUGAGUCUGAACUUCUGCAGGUUAACAGCAGCCAGCUGCCGGUCUUUGACCUCUGACCUCAGAGUAUCCUCUGAUCUCAGAGAACUCAACCUGAGCGGCAACUACCUGGAGGAUGAGGGGGUGAAGCUGCUGUCUGAUUGGCUGAGGAAACCCCAGUGUAGACUGGAGAUACUGAGUCUGAACUUCUGCAGGUUAACAGCAGCCAGCUGCCGGUCUUUGACCUCUGCCCUCAGAGUAUCCUCUGAUUUUAAAGAACUCAACCUUAGCUCCAACUACCUGGAGGACCAGGGGGUGAAGCUGCUCUCUGAUUGGCUGAGGAAACCCCAGUGUAGACUGGAGAUACUGAGGUUGUCAUACUUCACAGAGAGCUGCUGUGAGUCUCUGGCCUCGGCUCUGAAGUCGAACCCUUCACACCUCAGAGAACUGACGCUGAGCUGCAGUAAACCAGGAGAAUCCGGUCUGAAGCUGCUGUCUGAUUUACAGGAGAACGAUAGUUACAAACUGCAGACACUGGUGGUGUCUGAGGGAUUUAUUGAACCGGAUCAGAACUAAAAGACAGCAAUGGAUAAUUUUCCUCCUCCUGUUUGGACCAAAUGAUCUGAACUACAGGUGUGAAAGUGACCUUAAAUUCAUCAUGACUCUUCUCUCUAUAAGGACUCGAUGCUUAAAACUCCUCAAGCUGAAUUCAGAGGGUAUCUGAGCACCAGCUAUACUCCUCUCUGUGUUACGUAAAAGCAUAAAAUA